AUGUUCCGUCACAGCGUGCGGCGCCUCGCCAUCGCGGCGGCCAAGGCUGCUGAGCCCAGCGCCUACACUGUCGCUGUGUCGAGCGCCCAGGGCGUCUCCAAGGGCUUGACUGGAGCUAUCGGCAACACGCCCCUCAUUCGCCUCAACAAGCUCUCCGAGGAGACGGGCUGCGAGAUUCUCGGAAAGGCCGAGUUCAUGAACCCCGGAGGCUCCGUCAAGGACCGCGCCGCCCUGUACGUCGUCAAGGAUGCCGAGGAGCGCGGCCUGCUGCAGCCCGGCGGCACCGUCGUCGAAGGUACUGCCGGUAACACGGGCAUCGGCUUGGCCCACGUCUGCCGGUCCCGCGGCUACAAACUCGUCAUCUACAUGCCCAACACCCAGUCGCAGGGCAAGAUCGACCUGCUCCGACUCCUCGGCGCCGAGGUCUACCCCGUCCCCGCCGUCGCCUUCGACAACCCGGAGAACUACAACCACCAGGCCCGCCGCCACGCCGAGCGCCUCGAGAACGCCGUCUGGACCAACCAGUUCGACAACACUGCCAACCGGAGGGCGCACAUCGAGACCACCGGCCCCGAGAUCUGGACUCAGACCCAGGGCAAGGUCGAUGCCUUCACCUGCGCCACCGGAACUGCGGGCACCCUGGCGGGCAUCACUCGUUACCUGAAGGAGGUCUCCAACGGCCGCGUCAAGAGCUUCCUCGCCGAUCCCCCCGGCAGCGUGCUGCACUCGUACAUCAGCUCCGGCGGCAAUCUCAUUGAGCGCAGUGGCUCCUCCAUCACCGAGGGCAUCGGCCAGGGCCGCAUCACCGACAAUCUCCAGCCCGAUCUUGACCUGAUUGACGGUUCUAUGACUAUUGCCGACGAGAAGAGCAUCGAGAUGGUCUACCGCUGCCUCGACGAGGAGGGUCUGUACCUGGGCGCCAGCUCCUCGCUCAACGUCGUGGCCGCGAAGGAGGUGGCCGAGAAGCUCGGCAAGGGCAACACCGUCGUCACUGUCCUCUGCGACGGCGCCUACAGAUAUGCCGACCGGUUGUUCUCACGCACGUGGCUGACUGAAAAGAAGCUGCUGGGUGCUAUUCCCAAGCACCUGGAGAAGUACAUUGUUCUACCAUAG